AUGAAAGAAUUGUCAUUUCCAGGGGAUAAUUUACAUGAAGAUGGUAGGCACGAGCAUCAAACAUUUAACACCACAAUGAAAGAUUUUGAACUUUUGUUGUUUAAGCUUUUUGACCGUUUUGGUUUUGAUUUAAUGGAAUUUAUUAUCAAAACUAAUUGUAAACGUAUUAAUGACAUGUUGGAAGACUUAGAUAAAAUGAAUAGGAAACUUGAGAAUGAUUUAUUGUUUGAAUUUAAUAUGGUUCAAACGGAAAAAGUGGAUGCAAUUACAGAGUUAAAGCUUUAUAGUAGAAAACUAAACUUUAAGAUCAUGUUUGAAGGAGCAUUAACCAAAAACUAUGCAAACCAACAAGGUGGUCUUCAGCUGGACUUGACAAUGGCAUCAUUCAGAGUUUCUAAAUUUAGAAAAGCACUGCUCUUUGCCUGGGCUGCCUUUUCAAAGCCAACACCAGAAAGUUGCCAGCAGCUUUUAAUCCUCUUGCUGAUCUGUCUUAUUAUUGCACUGAUUGCUGGAAUCCUUAUGUUCCAAUGGUUGUUUUGCUCCUUAGAAUAUCCUCUACAGACAUCGGCUGCACUGGCAGCUGUCCUGACUGCCACAUCCUUUGCUCUGCUGUCACUUAUACAUCCCGUACGCUGCAUGUUUACGAUUAUGGUACCUACACUGCUAACAGGGCAGGGCCGCAGACUGCUCAUAUCGACAUGCUUUAUGAGUGUCUCAUUCCACAUAAUCCCAAAUAUCAUUGACAAUGUCAAUGCCAUACUAGAAAUGUUAAAGUGCAUCUCUCAGACAUCCACCGAAAGCUUCAUAAACUCUACUUCAAUGAUGGAGAAAGCAGCCCAUGAGUUGGGUGAAGAAGUGACUAAUGUCAUUAAGGAGUCUGCAAAACUAAGAUUAAGCACUGAUUAUGGAAGUUUGGAUUUUAAAGCAAAUAUUAACUUAUCAAAUGUGAGAGAAGAAAUGCUUAUUGUAAAUCAAAAGAUUCAGUCUGACUUUUACAGUGUUGUGACAGCUUCUAACGACUGUAUGGCUAUAGCUAAUAAAGUACUUGCAGGCUUUUUCUUUUUCACUCUUCUUGGCCACUCUGUUUUGUAUAUGAAAUGUUAUCUCACUGACCUGAAAUUUGACAACAUUUAUUUUACAAGAAGACUGGAACAACUGGCUAUCCAAAAUAUGUCUGAAGAAACCCUUGCCUCUUCAAUGAAAACAUUAAUAAGAUCAACUGGAUUAAAGAUGUCACGCCAAGAAAUAUUCAGAUGCCUCAUGCAUACACUAAUUCUCUCUUUUUACAUGCUGCUGUUGAUUGCUGUUGUGCUACUUGACUAUACAGUCUUCUAUUUUGCUCGCACCAACUUGGAAUGGAUUACUAACAUCACUACUGUAGCAGUGAUUGUUAAUGUGAUGUACAAAGUAGGUUCUUGCGCUGAAAUCACUGUUGUAAAAUGCAUUACAACUCCCAUUUCAUCAUUUAACAGAGACUACCCAUGGGACUUUAUAUUUCUGUCUGAUGACUGCAGAAUGGACAAUACAAAACCCCCAAAUAUUUCUGUAAUUGUGGCAGUUGGAUUGAUAUGCUUCUGUGCAUAUUUCACAAUAUUUCUGGAAACCUAUGCAAAUCGUAUGCGUAGAAAAAUUGCAUCUUCAUUUUUUGAAGACCAAGAAGAACAAAGAGUAUAUUAUCUUCAACAAAGGCUUUUGCUUAAGUACAGCUCAGAGAACCAGACUCCAAUGCCAAUAGCUGCUAUUAGUUGAACUAGAAGCAGUGUGUGCUCACAAAUGUACAAUUUACUAAAGUCUCACUCAGUUCCACCUUUGCUCCCUAAAUAUGUAUCACUGUGAAAAGUAUUAAACUU